AUGCUUUUCAGCUCUUCUCUUUCCUCGCCGCCGGUGGUCUCGUUAAACCUGGCCAAGUUCUCGUUCAACUUCACCAGACUCUGGUUGUUGUUCUUGGACCGGAACUUGAGAUCUCCCAGUGCCGUCUUGAUCUCCGCCAGCUCCUCGCUGAUCUUCAUAUUGAAGCUGAUCGGGAGAGGUUUUGGCUGCGUGAACUUCGAAAUGUUGGUGAUCGACGGCGAUUUCUUCAAAGUCUGCUCGUCCUUGGCCUCUGCGGUCUGUGAAACUCCCAAUGUCAUAACGUCUACGUAG